GCUGGCACGAGGUGUAUAAAACAGAACACCCGUAUAUUUUGACGACUGUGGCGAGAGUAAAGCAAUUAACAUUUACUCAUUCAUGCUAAACCAUUUACAUAUUUAUGCAUAUUUCACCAAGUACGAAAGGCGACACAAAAGACUGUAGGACGAAUGAGACAACAAAUGGGCUUGGUCAACGAAACUUUGGUUACCGACUUGACGGGCUAACAAAACCGGACUCGCCUUUAAGAAAUGCAAUCACAUACUGCAAUAGAGUUUUCUUCCCAAUAGUUGCAGCUGAACCGAAUCGUAGAACCGAUGUCUGCUAUAGUGGGGUUGUUGUGAAUCGUGGUUCGAGUUUUAGCACACAGAGGUGCGCACCGGAGGAGACGGCUUGUCAGACAAAAUUUAUCAUUAGCGGAGCAAUAACCGUUAUUUUGAAACAAUGCAAGCAUAGAGAUGCGUGUAUGAGUAACUUCAGAGGCAACGGACAUAACUGCUUAAGUGAAGACGCAGGAAACAACAAGCAACCCAGAGUUUGUCGUUUCUGCUGCACUAGGAACCUGUGCAAUAAUUCAACUGACAUCCAGGAUUAUUAAGAAGGUUGCGCCAUCAAUGAGCUGCAGCAGCAAUUCAUUCCAGGCUCUGCUAAUCUAUGUUUAACCAUACAAGCUUACCUCAAAUUAAUGUGCGAUUUUAGUAAUAUCCACUAUUAGAUUUUCGCUGCUUUUCAAACGAUAUUUGCUGUAACAAACUGCUUUAUUAAUAAAACAACCGCGCAGCUGCAUCCAUAAUGA